GAUUUUUACUUUUAAAGGAAUUUUAGGGUUUUUCACGGACAUCCAUUUACUACUUUGUAACAUUCUUUUAAGCCAUAGUAUAUAUACUGGUUUUAACAAUUAACUCUAUUUUUUGUUAAAAGCAAAAAAAGAAAACUAAAACCCAUCUCAUAUUCUUGAUCUUGUACAUGAUGAACGGCUUCAAAUUCGAAAAUUGGAAAGUGGAAGUCGAAGCAAUACAAUCAAUCUUCUUUAAGAAAUAGGUGCCAUGUAAGCAAAUGACAAACUGGCAUUGGCUCCAUAAGAUGGGAAAUGAAGAUGCACGCGCAUGGUAGAUGGAUCCCUUUAUAAAGGCCUCUCUCUCUUUCUCUUCUGUUCCCAUUCUCUCUUCAAACUUCAAGGCGUGCUUGUUUCUGUUAUUUUCUCCUUUUUCUCUUUUCUUUUUUAUUGGUUUAGUACUCAAGGCGUGCCAUUUUGCUUCUCAUUUCUCUUUCUUCAAAACCCAUAUUUCAAUCCUUCUUCUUCUUCUUCUUCUCUUUUAACAGACACAUCAAGAAAACACAAUCUCUACGAAUAUAUACAUAUAUAUUUUUCUUCAUUACAGAGAACAUGCAUAAGUGCGAGAAAGAAAUGAGGGAAGAUCAUAGACACAAGUACGAGGGCAAGAACCCAUCUUUCUCUUCAAGUCUUCUUGAUGAAAUCUACCGUUCUAUUUGUGAGGGUGACACAAAACACGAUGAUUUGAAAUUCUACAGAGAAACAAUGCCAAAGAAGCAAAACAAAGAUACUAGAGCCAUUCGCGGAGAGAAAGAAGCAGAUGAAGUGAUGGCGUCUCUUCGUCGUGCUUGUUUGAUCGAAAAAUGGAUGGAGCAGAAGGUUAGCCAAAAGGUCAUCGGCACGCAACAUAAGAAACAAAACUCGACAGUUUUCGAGAGAAAAUCGCAACACGACCAUGAUAUUGACCAAGAUGUUCUCUUCUUUAGCUCAACUUCUAGCUCCUCGGAUUCUAGCUUCGGAGGAUUCUCGUCCUCCGAUACAGAAUCCAUCUACGGUGCAAGAUCAGGAGGCUAUUCUUUCGCUCCAGCAAGGCCUAAGCCUGUCAGGACAAGCGUCUCAGCUCGAUCAGGAAAAACAGAGAGGACUCUGUUUUAUGAACAGAGAGAGUUGCACAUGUUUGAUGACUAUCACUGCAGUUCUGCUUUUUCAGAGCAGAACACUCCAAGGCUUGAAGAGAAUAUAAUUAAGUCUAAAUCAAGAGCUUUAAAGAUUUACAACAAUUUAAAGAAGGUGAAACAGCCAAUUUCACCAGGUGGUAAGCUUGCAAACUUUAUCAAUUCUCUUUUCACCACAGGAAACACAAAGAAAUCAAAGAAUUCGUCUGCUUCUUCAAUUGGGAAUUUUGUUGAUGAGAGGAAAUUUAAGUCAGCACAAGCAUCGUCAACUUGUUCUUCAGCUUCAUCAUUUUCAAGAUCAUGUUUAAGCAAGAAUUCACCAUCCACAAGGGAAAAAUUAAGAAACGGGGUUAAAAGAAAUGUCACAUUUUACCCAGUGAGUGUAAUUGUUGACGAAGAUUGUAGACCAUGCGGACACAAAAGCUUAUAUGAAGAAGAAGAAGAAGAGGAAGAAGAAUCAUCUGCUGUAAUGUCAGUUUCUCUGCCAAGAGCAUGGAAAAUCGGGAAAUCGCCAUCAAGAAAAGUUGAUGAUGAGUUAAAAUAUCAAGUAAUUGAGAAGAGUAGAAGAGCGGAGGAUGUGGCAAGAGAGUUUCUGAAAGAUUAUCAUCAAAGUCAGAAGAAAAUGAAUAAUGAUGAUGUAAUAAUGAGGGCGAGGGAUGUUCGCCGCAAUUACAAUGAUCAUUUCGAGGAUGAAGAUGAAGAUAACGAUAACGAUAACGAUGAUGCAAGUUGUUCGAGUUCGGAUUUAUUCGAGCUCGAUCAUCUUUCAGUAAUCGGUAAAGAUAGGUAUUGUCAGGAGCUUCCUGUAUAUGAAACUACUCAUGUCAGUACUAAUCGUGCCAUUGCUAAUGGCUUAAUAAUGUAGUUCUUUCUUAAUAUGAUGAUAUAGAGAGACAAAUUUUGUUAUAAAAUCUUUUUUCUUUUUGUA